CCUAGCGUUCAAUUAGAGACGGAUCGGCCUGGGAUCGAGGCUAGCUCUAUACAUCCACCCUGGCUACAGGAAUAACGAGAAUGUUCCCCUCAAGGUUAUUUCUCUACUGUCUGUUGGGAAGUGUUUCCCUAGUGUAUGGGCAGACGUUGUAUCGACUGGCAUCACCCACUGAGCCCGAUGGCACUGACCACACUGGAGAGAUCAUCUCGUUCUCUGAUGUUGGGUCAGGAGUUGGUACUAAUCCACCAGCCUGGUAUUGCUACGUUUUAGACCCUGGUGGUGUAGUAUGGCAGGGUCCUGGUGGGAGUCAGGUGCCCAUAGGCGACCUGAACAAUCCCAACACAGUUGCAGUUGAUGACGAUCUGUUCAUCACUGGUGUUUCUGGAGUUGGCGUUGUUCUGCAUCGUGGUCCCACACACUUCAGUCCUGAUGGAGAACACUGCUGUGUAAGGACUGCCACCGAUGAGAGGAGAUGUAUCACCUUCACUCCUUGCCCCACACUGAGUCCCCUGUCUAAUGGAAGGAUCUCAUAUGAUGCAGUCACCAACAUGGCCACUUACACCUGUGACACUGGGUACACCAUCAGUGGAGCUACUCCGAUAACUUGUAUGAGUGAUGGUACAAGCAACGGUACCUGGUCUCCAGCACCACCUGCAGCCUGUGCACUUGUGGAUUGUGGCUUCCCACCACUCAUUGAUAAUGGGUCUCCUGGAACACCCACCAGAACAACCUACCAAGGGACAGUGACCUACACCUGUGUCAGUGGGUAUGAAGUCUCCAAUAGAGUCACCACAGCAACGGCUACCUGUAUGGCUAAUGGGAUGUGGGAGACUGUACCAACUUGUUCACCUGUGAAUUGUGGCUCCCCUCCCUCUAUUGGCAAUGGCUCUCCUGGCACACCAACCAGCACAACUCUUGGAGGGGUGGUGACCUACACCUGUGACACUGGGUAUGAGAUCUCCAAUGGAGCCACCAUGGCUACCUGUAUGGCUAUUAGGAUGUGGGAGCCUGUACCAACUUGUUCACCUGUUGACUGUGGUUCCCUGGACGCCCCCUCCAAUGGAGCAGUGGUCACAUCCUCUGGAACCACUUUCAUGAUGAGUGCUACCUACACCUGUAUCACUGGAUACAACAUUGUUGGAUCAGACACUCGGACUUGUGGGGCCACUGCACUGUGGACUCCAGAUGCCCCCACCUGUGCACCUGUUGACUGUGGUUUCCUCACUGUUCCUAACGGGCAAGUUAGUACAUCCUCUGGAACCACCUUCAUGAAUACUGCCACCUUCACUUGUAACUUUGGAUACACUCUCAAUGGAGUAUCAGCUAGAACCUGUCAAGCUAAUGGAACCUGGAGCCUAACAGCACCUACCUGUGAUCCUGUUGACUGUGGUUCCCUAAAUAACAUUGCCAAUGGACUAGUCAGUACAUCCUCUGGAACCACCUUCAUGAUGACUGCUACCUACACUUGUAACACUGGAUACUUGCGUGUAAUUGGUAGUCAGAGCAGAACUUGUGAAACUAAUGGAACAAGUGGAGUGUGGUCUGGAGAAGCUCCAGUGUGCAACUUGAUUCCUUUAAGCAGUGUAUCGGGUAUUUUUAUCAACAACUCUGCCAUAUCACUGGCGACCAUUGGAUCCUCUGCUUUCACCUGUCACACUGAACUAUCUACCUGCUGCAGAGGAGUGGACAACAAUGGCAGUAAUGCUCUUGGAAGGUGGACAGGACCCGACGGAAACAGCAUUCCUGACUCGAACACCAAUGGAUUCUAUGUGUCACGAGGUAUGAGCUCCAUUAGUCUGAACCUUGCAGAGGGAUCCAGUGAAGUAGCUGGUACCUACUGUUGUCAAGUGCCCAGGGAGAGUGGGACAACCACUACACAUUGUGUCAUGGUUACUGCGAGUGCUGGUAUAGUGGUCAAUAUUGUUGCUGUGGCUGCAGCUGGUUGGGUGGUUGCUGGAGUCUUGGCCAUUGCUGUGCUAGUACUGAUUGUAAUAGUGCUGGUUAUGUUGAGGCAACGGAGGUCUGGAUCCAAGGACAUGAGUAAUGAGAAGACAAGCAGCCAACCAACACAACAAUCCCCAGUGGUGAUGAGUCAUCUCCCCUCCCAUGAUUACGAGGAGUUGAGCAAACUACAGGAGGAGGCUGCCUAUGAGGUGGUGGACCAGCCAUGCCCCCCUCCUCCUGCAGACUACCAGCUCUCAGCCUGUGCAGCUUAUGCACCCACUGACUUCAUCACAGAGAACAAGUAGAGACUAUAAAAAAAACACAGACUGUUUAUCAAUUGUAUUUUACAUUGAGAUCUUUUAUAAUAAUUAUUAUAUGUACAUGAAA